AUGGUGUACUCGAAUAUCACGGCGGACCCGAAGUUCAAGCCCGUUCCAGGCAUCUAUGAGGGUAGAAUUAGGCAGUUUAUCGACGAUGGGGGUGAAUACAGAGACUUGAAUUUGCCCAAAUUUUACGAUAAGGACAGAAUCUCGCUCGACAAUGAGCAUGUCAAGAUGCAAUGGUACCAGGUGACGUUCGAGAAAGGUUCGUCGCCAGUAUCACCGGACAAGAGACCGAGCUGGAAGAGCAUCGUAGAAAGUGACUCGCGAGGCGAGUUGCUGUUUCGGGACGCCUACAUGGGCCAGCCGUUUGGGCCCAGUUGGUCGACUACGUGGUUCAAAGUGACACUGCGAGUGCCAGACGAAUGGGUUGAGUCUGGAGACCAGCUAGUUUUUGAAUUUGACUGCGAAAAUGAGGGCAUUGUGAUCGAUCCCGAGACCCUAAUUUCGAAAACGUCGUUUUCCGGCGGCGGUGAGCGAACCCAGUACAUGUUGCCCGUUGGGCAAAAGCACUUCCAUUUUCUGAUCGAGUGUGGCAACAACGGUAUGUUCGGGUGUGGUGCCGGUUCUACAAUCAACCCACCAGACAACAACCGGUUUUUCCAUCUGCGGAAAGCAGACCUAGUGCGCCCCAAUUGGGAGGCCAGAGCGCUUCAUGUGGACUUCUGGAUGAUGUCCGAUGCGGCGCGCGAGUUACCGGGUGACACCUGGCAGAAGCACAAGGCUCGCGAGAUCUGUAACUUGAUUAUGGACGCGUUUGACCCCGAAGACGUGACCAGCGUCGAGCGCUGUCGCAAGCUUGCCAAACAGGAGUUUUUCGACAAGAAUCUCGAUACCCCUGGCGUUUACCAAGAGGGAGACAAAGCCGUGGCGACAAAUGUGUUUGCUGUCGGCAAUUGCCACAUUGAUACGGCAUGGCUUUGGCCCUUUGCGGAGACGAAGCGUAAAGUUAUUCGUUCUUGGACCUCACAAACCACUUUGAUGGAUCAAUAUCCCGAAUACCAAUUUGUAGCCUCGCAGGCGCAGCAAUUCAAAUGGCUACUGAAGGAACAUCCCGAGUUUUUCGACAAGGUGCUUCUGCCUAAAAUACAGCAGUCGCAAUUUUUCCCCGUUGGCGGUUCGUGGGUUGAGAACGAUACCAAUAUCCCAUCUGGGGAGUCUCUUUGCAGACAGUUUUUCUACGGGCAGCGGUUUUUCCUGAAAUACUUUGGAGCUAAAUCCGACAUCUUCUGGCUACCGGACACCUUUGGUUACUCGUCUCAAAUCCCACAAAUUGCUCAAAUCUCGGGGAUCACUAAAUUUUUGACUCAAAAACUAUCUUGGAACAACAUCAAUGACUUCCCACACACGACUUUUAAUUGGUCAGGGAUCGACGGAUCCCAGCUUUUGACGCACAUGCCACCUGGCAAUACUUACACGGCAAGCUCGCAUUUUGGUGAUGUGUUGAGGUCGGCAAGACAAAACAAGAACCUCGAGAAAUAUAAAUCUGGUUUGAUGCUCUACGGGAUUGGCGAUGGCGGUGGCGGGCCCACUGCUGAAAUGUUGGAGAAAAUGAGACGUAUAAGGUCUAUGAGUAACCGGAACGGUAAUGUUGUUCCUAAACUUCAAGUUGGAACCACAAUUGACGAAUUUUACAACGAUAUCUUGCAAAACACAAAUGAUGGAGAAGAUCUUGCCACUUGGGUAGGAGAGCUUUACUUUGAGUUUCAUCGUGGUACUUAUACUACUCAAGCAGAGGUCAAGAGACUUAUGAGACUUUCAGAAAUUAAAUUACAUGAUUUGGAAUGGAUCGCAACUAAGACUUCGAUUUUAUAUCCAGAUGAUUAUACUUAUCCUGCAAACGAUAUUAACAAGAUUUGGGAAGAUGUCUUGCUAUGUCAGUUUCAUGACGUGCUUCCCGGAUCCUGCAUUGAGAUUGUUUACAAAUAUGAGGCACGUCCUAUGCUUCGCGAAGCUGUUGAGAAGACGGAAAAGCUCAUUCAAAAAGCGCUUGAGGUUUUGGAGCAACAAAGUAAGGAAGAAAAAGCUCAGAUCGGUUGUUUGUCUCUUCCCAUUGCGAUCGAUGAGGUUUCCUCUGAGAAGCCAUACUUGUCAAAGGUCAUCGACACAAAAGACGUUUUCGUGCUGUCCAACAAUAAGCUUGAAGUCUCGAUCAAUAAGGAAAGCGGUGUCAUCACGAAAAUUACGGAUAUCGAAGGGAAAAUUGACUUUUUGGACCUCAAAAAUGGAAGAAAUAAGCUUGGGGCCAACCAAUUUGUCUUGUUUGAUGACAAGCCUCUUGGCUGGCAGGCGUGGGACACAGAGUUGUAUUCGGUAAAUCAAUAUGAGUAUCUCACAAAAUUGAAAAGUUUAGAAGUUGUCAACAAUUCUGACGACUUAAGCACGGUCAGAGCGAUUUUUGAAAUUUCUGAAGAUUGCCAGGUGACAACGGAAAUAUCGUUGGCUUCGACUUCCAAAGGAACGAAAGAAUAUUCCGGAAUUGAGAUCAAAACUGUUGUGGAAAACUGGAAUCUCAGAAACAAGUUCUUGAAAGUGGAGUUUCCUGUUAAUGUCCGGAAUGAUUUUGCAAGCUACGAGACUCAGUACGGUGUGACAAAGAGACCCACUCAUUACAACACUUCGUGGGACGUGGCCAAGUUCGAAGUUUGUCACCACAAGUUUGCAGAUUAUUCUGAGUAUUCGAAAGGUGUCUCGAUUAUCAACAAAUCCAAAUACGGAUUUGCUACUCACGGGAAUCUAAUGCGUCUUUCGCUUCUGCGCUCUCCGAAGGCUCCCGAUGCUCACGCAGAUAUGGGUACCCACGAGAUAAAGUAUGCCAUAUACCCUCAUCGUGGUUCUUUGUCAUCCAAGACCGUGCAGAAGGCUCUGGCAUUCAACUACAGUUUCAAAUACGGAAUUCCAAAAGAUUUAGCCGCUAAAUUUGAUGAAAUCAUAAGCUUGGGUGGUGACGAGAAUUUGAUUUUGGCGAAUUUGAAGCGUGGUGAAGACGACAAAAGUUUGGAAUCGGAGUAUGCACUGGAUACCAAGAAAGAAACCACCAUUGUGGUACGUCUUUACGAGUCACUUGGUGGUGAGGCUCACGGAACCCUUGACGUAAAACUACCAAUCAAAAGGGCUUUCAAAAUCGACAACUUGGAGACCAAAGUUAUCGAAGACGUUUUUGAAGCACAAACCACUGAUACUGGUACCUCAAUCCCUAUCAGAUUGAGACCCUUCGAGAUUGCGACUUUCAAAUUGGUGCUUUAA